CUUUACACCACACCCUCAAGCAUCGCGGAGACGCCAUUACCUGCAGCAUGGCACAGAAGCGUGCCACAGGGAGCAAGACCGCGCAUUUCGCACCUCUUCAUAAGUCGAGUGGCGAGAUGUUACCUGCAGGUCGUCGCGAUAGCGAAGUAAUUAGCGCUGAAUCUGAGACGGGACUAACGAUUGAAACGGGAGUUACGGGUGAGACGACAGGCACCUCACCUCCAGAUUCUCUCCAAUCCGACAGUGCCAUAGGCAAAGAGGUCUACAGGCGAGUGAAGGAAGCCGAAGCGAACCUGCAAAAAGCCAUCGAUGAAGGAAAGCCGGACCACGAAAUUUCGGAGAAGACCCAUUGUGCGGAGUCGAUGCGCGCUGUGGCUACGGGUCGAAAAAUAACGAUGCGCGAUCUUACGGAUACGGUGAACAGGGUCAAGGACCACUUCGAGCGUCAGCUCAACAUGUACGCGACGAAAUUCGAUGCGGUUGAUACGAAGUUGGUCGAGGUUGACGCAAAGGUUGACGCGGUGGAUACAGCUCAGGCUGGGGCUGAGAAUCGGAUUAGUAGGCUGGAGUUGGAGGUGUUUGCACAGGUGCGUGGUCAAUUGAUUAUCACUAAAUUUUAUCUAACGAACACGACGAAGAAUUCCGACGCGUACGACGACAUCAUACGCUGACAGACAGUGGAUUCGGCCCGAGAACGAUUUUAUCUGGGCAUGCUCAAUUUUCUAGGUGACCUCUCUAAGAAGACGCCUGCUGCGUCUUCGACCUUGAGCUUCGAUUCUAACCUCGAUCUACCAUUGUCACGCGCGUACUACGUCUCCGAGAAGGAUGGGUACUUCAACUGGCUGACGUUCUGGAACAAGAUCGCUACGAGUGAUAGGGUUUACUACUCCUACAACACUCCAACCGGUGAGAUUCAGACCAGGUGGUACAGGAAACUCGACGACCAGUUGUACAACUCCUGGCUCAACGCGAUACCAUGGUACAUCAGUGGUCUCCGUGUUCAAGCAGAAAAGGACCGAGAUGCCGCUUUGAAACUACGCAUUGCAUCAGGCGAGGUGACGGAGGCUUCAAAGGCCACGGAGGAGACGGAGACAGCGAGGAAGUCUCAUCGAAGAGAUCGUUCUAUUACCCCACCUACUAUGUCAUCCAUCCUAAGCGCCGGAAUGCGAGUGGUGAAACGUUUCAAGCGAGACAGCAGUGAAGGCCGCAAAUCUGACCCGGAAACGUCGAAGAAAAUGGACGCACCCCUGUCUAGUGGGUCAGGAAUCGCGGAAAAGGUGAAAAACUUACCGAUUCUCGGUCGCGGUAAGGAUAAUGACGGUAGAAAGGGUACGGGCCCGAAGUCAUCUCCCUCGCAGGCAAGUCUUUCUACCCGUCCGACUCUUAUUCCGCCGUCACGUCCCCUGUCGCCCGCGGUGACGCUCUCUAGUGCACAGACAGGGAAAGCGACGUCGACUCUGCCAGCCCAGCCGUCUCGUCCACAGCCUCAGGACACGAAUCCGCCAGUUCCCGAGUCGCUUCCACACCGUGCAGGCAUGCUUCCACAAGUUCCUACGUUGCUUCCACAGCAUUCAAUUGUGGUUCCUCCAGCGGGCACCGCAUCAACUCCAGAAGCCACCGCGCCAACAGACUCCACAUCAACAGGCAAUGCACCGAUGACCGUACAUGCAAAUGCACCUAUCCCGAUUAAGAAGACCGGCCAAUCUUCACGCUCGUCUCGGGAAGCAUUCACGGGCGGGGUGUUUCGUACCCCUAAAUCAUCCACUUCGCACUCUGCCGUGCACUAUGACUAUUACUCGACCUGGUCCGCUAAGGACCAAUGGCGAUUGAAUCAUGCGAAAACUCCGGCCGACCGCAAAGACAUUGAAGCCGAGAUCAAGUUACGCAAGGCCGCGGAAACGGCUUACGCCCUAGAAAUUCUCCGAGACGAAGGCGUUUUGCGGGACAUCUUCCUCGAGUCCAAUGAACUGAGAGACUACAGCACACGGGCUGCACAUCCUCUUCGUGAUACGCUGUCAAACCAAAUUCCUUUGCAGCUUGACAAAGUGACGCGUGCCAGGUGGAUUCGUGCCCUGAAUAACACCUCCAAACUUCCCAUUAAGAAUGCCCCGGACAUUGCCGUAAAACUUGGGAAGGUUUUUAGGUGCAUGGAAAUGGAUUACGAGACGUACGAUCCUCUCGGAGAUAUCGCUGAGGAGGGCGAGGGCGAGUAUAGCAAAGUGGGCGAAGGCGAUGAGGGCGACGCUGCAAUGACCGAUGAGUUGGAGGAGGGAGAACUACCGGAGGACAAGUAUCAGUCGAAGAAAAGGAGCGUGAAGGACGGAAAGAAGCCGAUGAUGUCUUGAACGUGAGUUGACCCCACGAUUCGUCUCGCAUCACUUGCCUGACUUUCUCGGGGUAGCCCUGCUCCUUCCCGCAACAUGCACCACAACUCGCAAUGUAAUGGAUGACUGUGUGUUUAGAAACUGGACUCUGGACUACAAUCGAAUUAGUCGUGCUUUGAAUAUGCUGUCGUAUUAUAUCUGUUAGCUGUUUUUGUGACUCAAAUAAAACUUAUUUAUUAUAAAAAUCUU